GAUCACUUCAGGAUGAGACGCCCUGUGACACCCUGAGCCGGGAUUAACAAGCAGAGAGCAGUUUGUCUCGUCAGCCACUUGCUGAAGAAUCGUGAAAUGUUGAUGGAGGUUUACUACAGCAAUGGGCUGGAAUCGGACAUUUCCCAGCAGUAUCCGCCUCCUUUAAUGCCAAAACCUGGCAAAGACAAUGCAAGGCUUCAGAAACUCAAGAAGAAAAGAGCCAAGAAGAAGACCGGCCUGUCUCAGACACCCAUCCCGUUCCGCUCCUGCCUGUCACCCGUCAAUGAAGCCAGCACAGACCUGGAGCACAGCGAUCUGUCCAGCCCUCCAAGAACACCAGAUCCAGUCUCUGUGACGGACUCACCAGCAUCCACUUUCUCUUUCUAUGAUCAUUCUGCUUCCCCUUAUCCCCAGAACAGCAGCUAUGGCCAACACAUGGGCAAUAUUCAGCCUCCGACCUUUACAGCUCAGACCAUGAACUCUGACGUCCAGGUGGCUCCCCUGUACCAAUGCUCUUCUUUUCUGUUUGAUGAUGCCACUCCCUUUAUGUUUCCACCUUUGAAACCUGCCCUCUCAUAUCCACCACAGAAUAUGCCAGCACCAGCCCCCCUCCCCACUUUAAAUUCAACACCAAACUCUUAUGGGACAGGCACAACAGUCCCCCCCGAUUCUGUAGCACUGUCCAGUCCCAAAAUAUCAACUCACUGCCUUACUCUUUCUGCUCUCACCAACAACUGUUACCCAGGUCCGUCACAUUCUAAAGUCGCACAACUACAUCCUGUUCCAGUGCCACUAUCCAUUUCAAACACAGAGACACAGCCAUUUAUAGUCAGCCAGAGGGGGACAAACACUUAUGUAGAAGACAGCUCUCCCAGUCAGGCUUCAUCCUGGACUGCCAGACCAACCAGCAAUGGCAAUAGUCUUCAUCAAGUGUCAUCUGAAGUUACUGCCUCGAAGAUUUCACUCAUCAAGUCACUUAAAGAGAAAGGAUCAGAAGAAACACAAGCAAAGAUGUACACGUCAAAGGCCACUUUUUUUGAGAUUUCCAAGCCACUUUUGGUUCAAGACCUAACUCUAAUCAACCCGGCAUAUGAGGGAUCAUAUUCAUCUGCUGGAUUCAGGGAGAAAACUGCUGACCCAGUGGUUAACACAGAUCAGAAUCUAUCAUCACUUUCAAACUAUAAUCAGAGUGACAAACUUCCAAGCACAACUUCAAUUCCUUCAACCUUUUCCAAAAUAUCAAACUAUAACCAACAGCUGUUUCCUGAAACGCCUGGUUUCAACUCCAUCCAGGGUUCACAAGCACCAGACUUUUUGGGACAGAAAACAAAAGUUCAAACUGAGCUGUUUCACAGAGAUUUCUUUGACACAUCUGACACCCCUGCUAUGAAAUCUAUGUCCACCUCUGUGAUAUCAAAGCCAAGGACAGACCAGGGUCCAGAGAAAAAAGCCUCGUCCUUGCCAACUGUCCCAUUGUUUCUGUGUGUACCAGAGAAAUUCAGACCCUCACCAGUUACUCAAAUGCAAACACCAUGUUCAAGUCCAGGGUUUUCCUCUUACCCUCCACCUGCAGUGCAGGCACGCAAGUCUUUAACAUCGCUUUUGGAGACGCAAAUGUCAUUGGCAAACUCAAAGCCCAAGUCACAGUCAACAUAUUAUGGACUAACUCCAGCACAAUAUGUUGCUUAUGGUGGAAUAAGGACAACUGCAUCACAUCACAGCCCCAAGCCCUCUGAUACCAACAAAACCCACUCCUUUGUGACUGAACCGCACGUCUGCAAGGAUAACAAACUCAAUGGACAUGAGGAUCUGACCACUUUGCUUCACAGUGAGGCAUUACAUGGUCCUGAGCUUCCACAGACUGUCAAAGGCAGCGAAGAUGCCGCUCAAGAAAGUUGGCUUGGAGCUCACUGUAAUGAAAUACAGUUACAGAAAACCUCUAAUCUGGACAGGGUCAAACCUGAGCUCAACUUGGCUCAGAAAACAAUCCAACAACCAACAAAUGAUGUUUCCACUUCAAAAGCUACAAUACCAGUACUUAAAGAAGGUGAGGUACACUCACAAAGUGUGGUAUUUUCUACAGAUACAGGGCUUUCGAUGCCCCCAUACUCAGGUGAUGGCAGGUAUAAGUCAAGUUCUUCUUUAACCAAUGGUUUUACUCCAAAGACACAUGACCCACAUGAGGUAGAUAACACAGACAAAACGUACAAUGUUACAAAACCUCUGAUGUUUGAUGAAACAUGCAACGAAGAAUCUAGAGUUAAAGUUUCAAAAGAGUCAGGAAAAGUUGGUAAUUUUAGCCCGUUAUUAACGCGAAGUUCCAGUGCAGACUGUGAAAACCCAAAUCAACCUCCAACAUCAGAGUUGGAGCUCAAAAUUACUGAAAGCUAUAUGGUCAAAAACACUGCAGGCAUGCAACAGUCCACUAACGUUCUGUCAGGAUACUCACCAAGUAGAAGAGCCAAUGAAUUACUUUUAGAUAGAGAACAGAAAGUAACGGAAAUGAGAGGUGAUAUCUUCCUAAACAAUGUACAGAACAAUCCUCCAGUAUUUGCUAAUACAGAACACAGCCUUUAUAGGAGAAACAUUGAGACGAAAUGCAACAAUGAACCAAACAUGUAUUCUAAUGAAUCCCCUUCACUACAGAGACCAGUCAAAGCAACCACAUGUUCUUCUGUCCGUUCAUUAUCUGUGCCUAUAAGGAAUACUGGACCCAGUCCCACUGUUAGCGACACAACUCACUUUUGCAGAGAAAUUCAGACACCAGACACAAAAACCCACACGCUGAAAUCAGCAGUUCCUACUGUCAACAAUGUUUUAUUAGGAAGAGACCAUAUAGAGCCAAACUCUUCUGUGUCUUAUGUUACUGAAACCAUGCCGGACGGUUUUGUGAGCAGUAAGUUUUAUUCAGACGUAGAGACAUCAGAUGUUAAAACAAAACAGAUUGAACAAAGUAUUAGCCCAGAUAUGCAGACCAGGAUAGGGAGGAGAGAUGUUACUGAGCAAGGCACAACUUUCAACUUCUACAGAACUUUGCAAGAACAUUCUAAUUCAAAUGCAGUGGAUGGUACUGUCAACACUAAAGAGAUGAAACCUUGUUUCCAUCACACAAAUAUCAAGGCAGAAAAUGUUACACAAAAAACAGACUUUCAAAGGGAAAACAUGAGCAUGAUCGGUCAAAGAAUUUUUUCCAAUAAAACAUCCACUGAGCAACUUCAAUGUUCCACUACUGGAGCUUCAGAAAACAUGCAAAACAGAUCUGAACAGACAAGCAUUUUCAGUUUGAGUAGCACAUAUAGUGAUUUUUCAACAACAGAAACAAUUGUCCCCAACAAAUCCAACAUGGAGUCUGUUUUACCAAUAAAAGCAGUGAAUCCUUCUCCUUUGCUGACCAGCACACCUGCAGUUAUCUCUAGUCAAAGGCUUAUCACACCAAAAAGUCCUCUGAUGAAACCAGACAGACCUAAUACUCCAGCUACAACCAAAUCUGACACCAUGAAAACAUCCUGUAAUUCUAAUAGCAAACACACUGAAACUCAACAUACUGGCAACAAGUCCCCACUAAUACCCUGGCUUCAAAUUACCAACAAAAAAGAGAACCUCCCCAUAAACGCAACAAUUACUGACAAUAAAUAUUUAGCAAGCCCACCACCCAAAAUUAAAAAUAUAAUUUCAUCUGAAACAGUAGCUUCUAUCCACUCAGGGCGUGCUGAGGCCAACACGUAUGCCAUCAGUGCUGAACAAUCAAUACAGCAGAGACACAAUCUGAUGACUGAAGAGAAAUUAUUGACUAAUAAAAACCCAGGAAACCUUCAAAGUCCAAUCUCAUCUUUCAAUGACACAAGGACUCUGUUAGGAAGUAGCUCUCCAUCGCUGACAAAAACUGAUUCAAAUAAUCUACAUAAUUCCAUCAAAUUGCAGUCUAUAAAAGACAUUUCUCACAACCCACAAACAGCAACAUCUUUAAGUCCUGUUUGUUUGAUAGGGUUGAACAAAGAGCAGAACCUCCCUAUCCUUAAUCCUCUUCCUAAUAAUACAACUGCUGAUGCUGCAAAGCAGUCUUUUGAACCCAAUCCUGAACACGUCUUGAAACCAAAAAUAAAACUUCCUCCCAGUGAGGACACACCGGCCACUGAAGAACAAACGCAGCAACCAAUGAGACCCGUAAAAACCAACUCUUCAUCUGAUUCAAAUCCAAUAGAAAUCAUUUCCCCCCAUUACCCAGAAGCUAGUACACCCAGCUCUUAUACUAAGUCACCUUUAACCAGUACACCUAAUCUCUCAGAAAAAUGUCCAAAUAAAAUUGAAAAACCAGCUCCUGAAGAAAUACCAGCCCCGGAGUCCCCACAGCCUCUCACCGAAGCAAUGCAGAUUAUCUCAGGCAUGAGUAAUGUUAAGCAAGCGGUAGAGAAGGUUGAUUUAACCAAGGCAGCAACAAAUACUGUCAUAAAACCAUCUAUAGGUAAGACUGCUGUGACUGACACUGCCACUCCUGCCUCUCUGCCUCAGGAUUCAGUCUCAGUCAAAACCCUAUCUCCAAACAGAGGAAUGUCACCGCCAUCUCAGCAAAAAACUGGCCUCACAGGCAAAAACGAUCUGAAGGCCAAAACCCCGAUGGAAACUCAGGCAGUCAGACCCUCCAUCAAGUCAGCGACAUCAGCUGCAUCUUCAGUUACUGACAAGUCAGACACAGUGGGAACAUCACCCACUAACACAGAACCAAAAACCGCCCAGAAGCAGAAAGGCCUGAAGGGGAAGCUCAGUGGGUGGACGCGACUGAAGAAGCACAUGGUGGUUGAGCCAGAUGAACCCACGUUUCCAGUCCCAGAGGCCAAAGCUUCAGUCAGUUCAAGGAUCAGCAAUGAGGACACUCAUCAAGUGGGUGCUAACCAGGAGAUUGCCAAGAAUCAAGAUGAUCCAAAGCCGCUGAAGAUGUGGGAUGCACUUCUGUUUCAAAUGUUUUCUACCAAAGAAAAAAUCAUGCAUCAGAUCAACAUGAAGAAGAAAGACUCAGAAAACACGAAACCUUCCAAGGACAGUGAGACAGAAGUCCCUUCUUUUGUCAGUCGCCUGCCGAUUUUACUGUACAGUCCACGAUUUGAUGCCAGAAAGUUAAAAGAGGCUGCAGAGAAACCGCUGAAGACAGCAGCAGCUUUUGGAAUGGGUUUGAUAAAACGCAAAUCUCAAGAAGAUGAACGGAAGGACUUUAACCGAAAAGCCAGAGGGUUUGGUUCAAGAAAAAGUACAGAUACAGCUGAAGAUGGCCAUGAUUUGUAAGAGAAGCUUCCGAUUCAAAAUUUAAAAUUUAAAAUGAAAGGUUAAGGAGAGAAAUUCCCUACAUUUAGAAAGUAACUUUUGUGUUAUCAUCAAGAAUGUAACAUCAGAAGUGGUAUAGUUUGGAUUGUUAAUGAAUUAACUUAACCGAUGUAUUCUGAGGUAUUUUACUGGAAAAUUAGGACUAUGCAAGUUACUGGUGCUUAUAAAUGUCUUCAAUCUAUACUCAGUGUUACUAGUAAAAAAGUAGGAUGUAACUUACUUUACAUAAAUACAUGCAAUGUAGUUUGUUUUUCAUGUUUGUUUUUCUGUUGUUUUUCUAAAAAAGGUUCAAUAUCAACUGCUGCAGGCAGAUUUUAAACUUUAUAAAAGUGAUGCAAGGACUUUUACAUUCCUGGAACAACUGGGCAAAUAGGAAUGGGAACAGAUGACUAAAUGUAAGAGUCUGGAAGAAAAUAAGGUUUUGGAAAGUAAGCUGAUAAAAAAAAGAGGUUUGGUACUCAGCCAAGGAGAAAUUGAAAAUAUAAGGGGUGUACAUGUAUCUGGUCCAGUACUUUAGUAUCAGAGGGCUUGAUUUGGGUUAUGGAAUAUGAUGCAUGUCUCAGGUUUGGUCCAGAUGUCACAAGAUGGCCACAAUGUAUGGGUUGAACGAAGACUGGCCCGGAGUAAACUGCAGACCAAGUGUGGUCUACAUGAAGCAUUUCUCAUGUAGGAAAACUAUUAAGGGUGUAAUGAUUAGUCAGCUUAAUGAAUCAAUUUCUAUUCCUACGUUCCACAGAUCGAUUUGUCUGAGGCAAGUUGUUAACCGAAUCGACCUGUACUAUCAUGAAAUUGUUUUAAAAGGAAACAAAUGAAUUACAUGGAUAUUGUAAAAUACCAUUUGGAUUGAGACAUGGUGGGUUUAUUUUACUGUAAUGUAAAAAUGACCAUCACAGCUGACAACAAACAUGAUGCAGCAAAACUGAUCAACCAUCAGUCCAGUCCAAUAUGUGGAAACACCUUGAAUUUAUCAAAGUCAUGUGACCAUACAGUGUGGUAGAAUGCUCUAAUAAUGUUGGAUAAUUCAGGAUUAGUCCUGGAUUUAUCUUGGGUCGGUGAAUCGGAUCAAAUAUCGGCAACUAUAAAAUAUGAUUUGAAUCGAAUUGCUACCAUGAAUCAUUACAGCCCUAGUAACAGCAAAAGCCUAAGUUGUUUAUUUUUGGUCCCUGACACAAAGUGAGUUUUCAGAUAUGCUACGGAUUGUAAAAAAUAUCCUGAAACAUUUUAUGCAGUAAUUGAUCUUUGAUCAAACGAUCUGAUUGUGUAUGUCUCGUAUGGGUUUGUUUUCAUUGUGAUGUAGAUGUGUGAUGGGUUAUUGUCCAGUUAACAUUUGUUUUGUUUUGAUUCUUCCUGUUCUAUAAAAGUGAUUUCACACUGGGACAGUCCAAUUGUUCGGUUAAGUUGAGUAGGUAAUUUAAAAAUUGUCUAUUUGUGUGUCUAACUGUACACAGAAACAUCCAACAGCUGCUGGUUAGGUGACAGCAUUACCCAAAUGAAUGAACAAGAAGGCAUGAAGAAGAUCAGUGAAGAAAUCUGAGAAACCACUCGUCUGCUGAUUAUCAUGCAUUUAGAAAUGGUUUAAUCUCCUUCAACACAUUUACCCAGCUGAACCACAAUAGAGUUUAUUUGAGAAAGACAAAACCAUCAGAUGGGCCAAAGGUCUGACUGUUGGUCCUCAGCCAAGUUUAGAUUUCAAAUUCACCAACUAAGCAAAGAAAAUCAGAAUUCUGGUGAACCAAACAUGCCACCAUGAAAGCCCCCUGAGUUACUAUCAAAGACUUUUAAACCAACAUGGCAAAUUCUCAACUGUAACCUCCAGGUACAGUAGAAGAAUGUGUGGGAUAAGAUCUUGAGAGGGAGAGUGAACACAUUAGAAUGAGGUUUAGAAAUGUAGCUACUAGAAGUGUGAUGUUUUGAGAGCUUUAUGCGGCAGGUGCUGAAAAGUUGUGGUUUCUUUGACUAACCUCUUGUCUCUAAACCAAAGAGGAAAAAUGAACAGUUUUUGCUAAAGAUGCUCAUGAGACGGAAUUUCUUUAAGGAGUUGAACCCUUUUUAAUCUAACCAUAGUAUAGUAUCAUUAGUUACACAGAUGCCUGAUAUGUUUUUAUCUAUGUCUGUUUGACUUAACAUUUAUAAAAGAUUGCAAACCUUG